AGGAAGCUGGAAAGAUGACAAGAUGAAUGGUUUUGGAAGACUUGAGCAUUUUUCAGGAGCAGUAUAUGAAGGACAAUUUAAGGAUAAUAUGUUUCAUGGACUGGGGACUUACACAUUCCCAACUGGGGCAAAGUAUAUUGGAAAUUUCAAUGAAAAUAGGGGAAGUCAAACCUCUCUACUGCUUCUUUUUAUAACCUUUAAGUUAAUUCAGAACCCAGAUAAGCCUUGAUCUGAGGAUGAUAUAACCACCGCAAGCAACAUGGGAACUUCUAGAGAAAACAAGAAGACUUCAAAAAACAUGCUGUGAUGUCUCCCAGUGGAGACAGGGCACGAGGUGCAGGGAAGAGGAGGUGGCCUGAGGCAGGACGAUGAGGAUGCAAUGUUGAAGAAUAAGCUGGAGAAGAGAAGUAACCGGCACUAUGGAAAAAACCAAAACAAAGCAAGGAGAGAAUGAACAUAUGCCGGUGAAUAAUCCUUCCACGCAGAUUUACCAGUUGCAGGCACUGGCCUCCGAACUCAAAACUGGCUUCACAGAAGCAAUGCAAGAACUGUCAAGAAUUCAACAUGGAGAAUAUGCUUUGGAAGAAAAGGUUAAGAGCUGCAGAUGUUCCAUGGAAGAAAAAGUUACUGAGAUGAAGAAUUCAUUAAACUAUUUCAAGGAAGAACUGAGCAAUGCCAUGUCGAUGAUCCAAGCCAUUACCUCCAAACAAGAAGAAAUGCAACAGAAAAUCGAACAGCUUCAACAGGAGAAGCGAAGAGAAUCUCGAAAAGUUAAAGCCAAGAAAACUCAAAAAGAAGAGCACAGCUCCCAGGCCGGGCCUGCCCAAGCACAAGGAAGUCCUUUUCGUUCAAUCAAUAUCCCUGAGCCUGUUCUUCCAAGCGAAGACUUUACCAACCUUUUGCCUUCUCAGGCCUAUGAAAAAGCCCAAGAGUCCAGAUCUGUUCAUGUAGGAGACAGUAAUGUGAAGGGAAUGAUGGGUCCUGGAGUGAACCCAACAACUCCAGAAGCAGAAGAAAACCUCAAGUCUUGCCUCUCGGCUGAUAUCCAGUCCAAGGGCCAUCUCCCAUCUGGCAUGUGGAGGCAGCCUAAGGAUGGUAAAGAAUGGGGUGAAGAAUACGUCACGAAAGACCACCCAGAUAAACUCAAGGAGGCUGGCCAGGGUAGACACAGCUCCUUGGAAAACGUUUUAUGUGAAACCUCCUUAGCUGCUAAAAGACAGACUGUGGCCCUGGAACUGCUUGAAUCUGAAAGAAAAUAUGUCAUUAACAUCUCUCUGAUCUUGAAGAUAAAAGCCACAUUCCAGGGGUCAGAUGGAAAGAGGAAUUCCAAAGAGAGAAGCCUCUUCCCUGGCUCUUUACGGUAUCUCGUCCAGCAGCACCUGGAUCUGCUUCACGCACUGCAGGAAAGGGUCCUGAAGUGGCCACGCCAAGGCGUUCUUGGAGAUUUAUUCCUUAAGUUAACAAAUGAUGAGAAUAAUUUCUUGGAUUAUUAUGUUGCCUACCUAAGGGACCUGCCUGAGUGCAUCUCGUUGGUUCAUGUUGUAGUCCUGAAAGAGGGUGAUGAAGAGAUUAAAUCUGACAUCUACACGUUGUUUUUUCACAUAGUCCAGCGCAUCCCUGAAUAUCUGAUACAUCUGCAGAAUGUCCUGAAGUUCACAGAGCAGGAGCACCCUGACUAUUAUCUACUAUUGGUGUGUGUCCAGCGCCUCCGAGUAUUUAUCUCACACUACACCCUGCUGUUUCAGUGCAAUGAAGAUUUGCUUAUUCAGAAACGGAAAAAGCUCAAGAAGUCAUCCAUGGCGAAGCUGUACAAAGGGCUGGCUUCCCAGUGUGCCAAUGCCGGGCAAGAUGCUUCCCCCACUGCAGGUCCUGAGGUUGUCCGUGACACCGGGAUCCACUCAGAAGAGAUGCUGCAACCCUACCCUUCUGCUCCCAGUUCUGGCCCUGCUGUCACCCAUCUGAUGCCCCCAGUGAAGAAAAGUCAACAGCAGCAAAGCCUGAUGGAGAGCAUGCAGCCCGGGAAGCCCAGUGACUGGGAGCUGGAGGGCAGGAAGCACGAGCGUCCCGAGAGCCUUCUGGCACCGACGCAGUUCUGCGCGGCCGAGCAGGACGUGAAGGCGCUGGCCGGGCCCCUGCAGGCCAUCCCGGAGAUGGACUUCGAGCCCUCUCCGGCCGAGCCGCUGGGCAACGUAGAGCGCUCCCUGCGCGCCCCGGCCGAGCUCCUGCCCGAUGCCCGCGGCUUCGUGCCCGCGGCCUACGAAGAGUUCGAGUACGGCGGCGAGAUCUUCGCGCUGCCCGCGCCCUACGACGAGGAGCCGUUCCAGGCUCCGGCCCUCUUCGAGAACUGCUCGCCCGCCUCCUCCGAGUCCAGCCUGGACAUCUGCUUCCUGCGGCCCGUCAGCUUCGCCAUGGAGGCCGAGCGGCCGGAGCACCCGCUGCAGCCACUGCCCAAGAGCGCCACCACUGCACGCCAUGCAGGUCCCGGCCAGUGUGUUUCUUCUCCCUGUGAGGUGUCGUUUCUAUGUGGAGAAUAUGGAACACGGCGCCCCAGCGUACCCCACUUCCUCCGGGCAGCAUUCUUGCUUGUAGCUAGGGAGGAGGAGAUGCAUUUAGAAGAUACUACCAGAUUCUGUCCCAAAGAAGAAAGAGAAAGUGAACAAACGUCUUUCAGCGAUCAGAAUCCCAGGCAAGACCAGAAAGGGGGCUUUCGCAGCUCCUUCCGCAAGCUCUUUAAAAAGAAGUCCAGUGGAUCAGAAUACAGGGAAAAAACUAAUGAGAAUCCCUCAAUGGAUCCUUCACCCACCAAACAAGAUUUCUUCAGAAACCGACUUGCUCUUGCAAAUGACCUUGACCAAGGAACAGCUGUGUAAAACAUACUUAAAGUUGUAUUGUCAAGUGGUAAGAUGAGGAUAAAAAGCUUGUAUAUAUCUGUGUAGGAAUAUAUAUAUAUAUCUAUAUCGAUGUAUAAAUCCCUGAGGAAAACUAAUAUAAAUACUUACAUAUGAAACUAAAUCAACAUACAAGACAUUGAAGAGAUGAAGAUUAGUUUCUGGUUAAGAUCUGGCUUUUUGAACCUCAACACUGGGGAAAAGGGAAAAGAAGAUUUUUCACAUCAUUACAGAAAAACACAAUAAAUUUGGAGGAAAAUAAACGUUUGUAAGAAUGAAAACUUCCACCUUGAAGUCAUUCCCCGAGUAUAAUAUUGAGCAUGUUCAUAUUUAACAUGGAUGUGAAUUUUAUGCUUCCUAGGCAUUUAACUUAUUAACUCAUCCAGUGUUCUUAGACUAAUUACACUGUUAGGGGCCAGUUCUGUCUUGCUUCGUGUCUUCCAAAAACCCCAAGGCAAUAUCUAACAUCCCUUAAGUCAAAGGAUUAAUUAACAGAACUGUAUUUUACAUGUUGCAAAUCUGAGGUAUGGAGAAUUUGUGCCUAAACCAUGAUUCAGAAGGUUCAAAGCUUAAAAACACAUUGAUCUCCAAACUUGUUCUGUGGUUAUGGAAAUCAGUAAAGGGAACAAGGAUUUCUGUAGAAACUGGGGAGAGAGGAAGGCAAAGAAACAUUUUCCCUUGUGUGGGUUGAGCUGAGGAUGGAAACAGUCCAGUCUGUGUUUAUUGAGUACUCGGUAUUCAACAUCCGCUAGUGAUCUUAAGUGUCAUACAUACUCAUGACCAGAUGGACUAGGAAAAAAGCAGUGAUUUAGCCACAUCCUCUUAAAAAGACUUUCUGCAGCCUGAAAAGAAGGUGGCAACAGCACCAAACUUCAAUGGCUCACACACAGCAGUUGCUACAAACAGCAGGUCAAAGUGAAAAUUCAGGAUUGCAUUCCUUGACUGUUUUCCUAUUUGGUAAAGAAACCAAGCUUUUAACGGCUCAGAUAGAGGAAUCAAAUUGCAACGAACGAGGCCUGCCUGGCUAUGGGGUGAUCAAAUGUGCUGUGUUUCCACAUGGAUAUGUCUAAGAUGGUCAGCAUCCUUGAUAUGCCCCAAACAUCAGAUUUAUAAUAGAAAAAAAAUUGGGUUUAAACAAUUUGUCUUUAUUCUCAGGCAGUUCCCUAUAGUAAAUUAGGGGUAUUUGGUUUCUGUUCAUUCACAGUCUUGGUACUCAAACUGGUGUCUUCAGAAGCUGUUCCUCUAUUGAAGCGUUUGUUGAUAAAAUAGGCAAAGGUUCACUUCUAAGUGUUAACAAGUUUUCUUCUUGUCUGAUGACAAAUUAGGAACUCACCUACUGCAUUUUGAACAGUAGUUGUCUGGAACACAUAAAGGAUCACUGCCAAGUUUUUUGAGUUGCCAGUAUUUAAGUUUAAGCUAAGAUUUUCAUUUCCCUGAAGUUAAUGAAUGCAUUUGAAAUUAGAUUUUUCUCUUAUUAUCAGAAUGGCAGUGCUUGAAAGCACAAUGCCAAAUCGACUGGACAUGGAAAGUGAAAUACUACAGAAGUCACAACCUAUUAAAUAAAACGUCAACA